AUGGUUGAUGAAGUUGAAGUGGAUAAUGAAGUUGAAGUUGAUGAUGAAGAUGAAGUGGAUAAUGAGGUUGAAGUGUAUAAUAAAGUUGAAGUGGAUAAUGAAUUUGAUGAUGUAGUUAAUGAUGAUGCGGCAGAAGUAGGGCAUGAUAUAAUUUUUAAUAAUGAUGAGGUUGAAAUGGUUUAUGAAGUUAAAGUGGAUAACGAAGUUGAAGGGGAUGAUGAAGUUGAAGUGGAUAAUGAGGUUGAAGUGGAUAUUGAAGCUAAAGUGGAUAAUUAA